ACUCAGUAGGAACAAGAUUAAGGGAGCAAGGUCCGGAGCUAGCUGGUGGCUACGCUCGCAGAUCUUUGAGGAGCGACGAACCCACCGAGUUCUGAACUCAUUACUGCCACCGGUAUUGACGUUUUUCCUGUUGAAUUUCAUCGAUUCUGAUUCAUCCUGAAGUUGAGGGGGGCAGACGCAGGAGAAUUAAGCCAUGGAUGCGCUCAGAAAGCAAGCCAGCAAGCUCAAGGUUCAAGUUGCAAAGCAACAGCAGGCUGUAAUAAAGCAAUUUGGUGGGACCGGCUAUGAGCAUUCAGAUGUGAUGGUGAUAGAUGAGGCUGAGAUGCAGAGACAUCAGCAACUAGAGAAACUAUAUAGAUCAACUCGUGCCGGAAGGGAUUUCCAGAAAGAUAUUGUUAAAGCAGGAGAAGCAUUUACAGCCAUAGGCCAUAGGCAAAUGGAGACAGGAAACAAGUUAUCUGAGGAUUGUUGCAACUAUGGAGCUAAUAAUAUCAAUGAAAAUAUAUUAGCAAAGGCUGCAUCUAUAUAUGGUGAUGCUCGUAAGCAUGUGGAGAAGGAACAGGAGGACUUGAUCAAGCUUUUAUCUUCACAGAUUUUAGAUCCAUUGAGAGCAAUGAUUACUGGUCCUCCUCUAGAAGAUGCUCGAAAUCUUGCUCAACGUUAUAGCCGAAUGAGACAAGAAGCAGAAUCACUGGCAGCAGAAAUUUCCAGAAGACGAGCACGUGUGAGGGAAUUUUCUAACCCUGAAAAUGUUGCAAAGUUACAUGCUUCAGAAGCAAAAAUGCAGGAACAUAAAGCAAACAUGGCAGUUCUUGGGAAGGAAGCUUCAGCUGCAUUAGCUGCUGUUGAAGCUCAGCAACAGAGACUCACUUUGCAGAGGCUAGUUGCUAUGGUUGAAGGUGAAAAGACAUAUCAUCUCAGAGUAGCUGCUAUCCUUGGGGAGGUUGAAACAGAGAUGGUCACAGAGAAACAACGAAAAGAGUCUGCUCCUCCUUUGAUCUCAUCAGAAAAUCACUCAGCGAAAUCAUCAUUCUUUUUGGCUGAAGCGGUGCAUCCUUUUACUCCAGCAUCAGAGAAAGAACUGAGCUUGUCAGUUGGUGACUAUGUUGUCGUGCGGAAGGUGAGCCCUUCAGGAUGGUCAGAAGGAGAAUGUAAAGGUAAUGCUGGUUGGUUUCCAUCAUCAUAUGUGGAGAGACGCCAAAGGAUUCCCACUUUGAACACCGUUCCUGAAGCCUUUUAAUCAACAUCCGAGUGCAUAUUCCACAGUUGGCUUCAUUCAGGACAGUAAGCAAUGUUGCCCCAAUUGUUCACAUUUGUUUGUUUUCGAUGUCAUUAAAUUUUAUGUAUUCUUUCCUCAACAUCAUGGUCUAGAUGUGUACUUGUAUAGUUAAUUCUUUUUGUCUUCUUAUUUGGAAGAGAGAUGGUACAAUUGCAUGAACCGAAGCAAUCUGCAGCCUUUAGCUAUUCAUAUUGGCAAAAACAAUUGAGUUAUAUUUAGCAUUUAUACU